UUCCGAUUCAACGAUGGAGUGUCGAUGUUUUAUUCUAUUCAUCUUCAGUAGUAUUAUUCUUACAAAAUGUUAUGCAACUGCCAGAUUCACUUAUGUUCUGAGUGCUCCAAAACAAUUUCGUGUUGAUACGGACAAUCUAGUUGUUAUAUCUACCAAAGAUAUCCAUGAUCAUAAUUCACAGAGUUUUGAACUGACAAUACAAUGUGGUGGUUAUCUACAGAAAGAGAAACUUGUUUUCAAUAAAGAUGGACUACAGACUGUUAACAUCUUUAUUCCGUCCUCAAAAGUCCCUCCAUCUGUACAAGAUGUAACCAUGGAACUUGUGAGUGGGGAAGAACAUCGAGGAGAGACCAUCCCUCUGAUUAAAUCUAGUGGUUUUAUCUUUAUACAGACGGACAAACCCAUCUAUUCACCCCGAGACAUUGUGAAAUUUCGAGUAUUGGCUAUAAAUGAAGAUCAGAGCCCAUCUACCAGUAAAGUAACUGUUGAUAUCACUAAUCCUAGUGGUAUUAUUUUGGACCGAAUGACGUAUGAGGGUCAAGAUGCAUUUAAAAAGAAAGAGUUUCACCUACCUACAGAAGCUGAUUUAGGUUUAUGGAAUAUAACUGCUGCUUUUGGAAAGGAUACAAAAGUCUCUGUUGCGGAAUUCGAGGUGAAGGAAUAUGUGUUACCUACAUUUGGUGUAACUAUAAAACCACGAGAGAAGAUAAUUAAUAAAACUAUGGAUUAUGUUAAUAUUGAUGUCGAAGCAAGAUAUUCCUAUACAAUCCGGGGUGUUAAAGGAAAAUGUACCUUAAGAUUGGGAUAUAUAGAUGAUGAUCAGAUAAUUCUCUUUAAGAAAACACAUAGAUCGAAACUGAAAUUGAGUGGAAGCGCAUCAUUCCAGAUUCCAAUGAUGAGUAUUUUAAGAUCGCAUAGUUUCCCUCCACAUGGUACACCAUUGUUUAUAGAAGUCAAUGUAACCGAGAGAGUCACCAAGAUCCAGGAAACCGGGGUUGAUAUGACGUCAGUGUUUGCUUCUGAUCCACAUAAGAUAGAAUUUUCCUCGUCAAAGGGUUAUUUUAUACCUGACUAUCCAUACCAAUUAAAGAUAGAUGUAUUAGAUGCAGUUAAUCGACCAGUUUCUGGCACGAAUGUCAACAUCAUUUUACUGGCUGGUGAUCAGCAGACAGAUUCAUUUGAAACACAAACUGACCACAAUGGACGUUGUACUUGGGUUUUAAAUAAAUCUCUGACCAAAGCUGUAGUUGAAUUGAAAUUUACAGUUAAUGUUUCUAAUGGACAGAAAAUGAGUUCAUCUGAGACAUUUAAGUAA